AUGACGUGGUUUGUUCAAUCAUCUUCAUUGAGGCUGUCAGCAGCUGAUCGGAGACCACUCGCGUCUCACAGUCCCAGCAGCCCUUCCGCGGCCUGGGCACCCCUCACUCACCACUAUGAUCCAUGUAUCAUACUCGUAAGGAACACGGUGACAUGUGCAACGUGUAUAUAUAUUGUAAUAAGCACGUCAUAUUAUAUGUUUAAUACAACAAAGUCGGGGUCUGUCGGUUGCACGUUGACCACAACCACGACCCCUGCCUCUCCCCACCCUCCCUCCCUCCCUCCUGUAUCCUCCACCCUGGUCCCUCUCCAGCCCGUUCUUAUCGCUUCCACUGCCUUAGUAUUGAAUUGCCAUAACCAGAGAUUUUAUUGCUCAAUGAAACGAGAGCGAUACGUGUUCUGUGAGCGGUGUGAGCACUCCCUGAUACCUUAA